AUUACAGGACCGGCCCUUGCUUCACUUUGAUAACCAACCAGAUGUGCCAGGGACAGCUCAGUGGAAUAGUCUGCACAAAAACCCUUUGCUGUGCAACAGUUGGGAGAGCAUGGGGCCAUCCCUGUGAAAUGUGUCCUGCCCAGCCGCAUCCCUGCCGCCGAGGCUUCAUUCCAAACAUUCGAACUGGGGCCUGUCAAGAUGUGGAUGAAUGCCAAGCCAUCCCUGGGAUCUGUCAAGGGGGAAAUUGCAUUAAUACUGUUGGAUCUUUUGAGUGCAAAUGCCCAGCUGGACACAAGUUUAAUGAAGUGACACAAAAAUGCGAUGAUAUUGAUGAAUGCAGCACCAUUCCUGGAAUCUGUGAUGGAGGAGAGUGUUCAAACACAGUUAGCAGUUACUUCUGCAAGUGUCCUCCUGGGUUUUAUACAGCUCCUGAUGGCUUAAAGUGCAUAGAUGUGCGUCCUGGAUACUGCUUCUCUUCUCUGACCAACGGGCGCUGCAGCAGUCAGCUCCCCCAGCCUUUGUCCAAAAUGCAGUGUUGCUGUGACAGUGGCCGAUGCUGGUCUUCCAGUGCAGCCACCGCUCCUGAAAUGUGCCCGAUCAGAUCCACCGAUGAGUAUCGCAAAUUGUGCACAGUAGCUGCUCUGCUGCCAGCAAGACCUGACCUUCCUCCGGGCCGUCCUGAUGUCAUCCCUCCGCCGCUCCUUCCUGGUGUUUACCCUCCUCAACAGCCAGAAAUCGUCUAUCCAUCUCGGGCUCCACCACCUCAUGUGAUCUUGCCGGUGAACUUCACUGACUAUUGCCAACUGUUCCGACAUCUCUGCCUUAAUGGGCGCUGUAUUCCCACUCCUGGGAGCUACCGCUGCGAGUGCAACAAAGGAUUCCAACUGGAUGUUAGAGGGGAAUGCAUUGAUGUUGAUGAAUGUGAAAAGAAUCCAUGCAUCAGUGGAGACUGUGUGAACACCCAGGGAUCCUAUAUAUGCCAGUGUCGUAUAGGAUAUCAAAGCACGCCAACUAGAACAGAGUGCCGAGACAUUGACGAGUGUUUACAGAAUGGUCGUAUCUGUAAUAAUGGACGAUGCAUAAAUACAGAUGGCAGUUUUCACUGUGUAUGUAAUGCUGGCUUUCAAGUGGCAGCUGAUGGGAAAAACUGUGAAGAUAUGGAUGAAUGCAGCAUAAGGAACAUGUGCCUCAAUGGGAUGUGCAUCAAUGAAGAUGGCAGUUUUAAAUGCAUUUGUAAACCAGGGUUCCAGUUAGCAUCCGAUGGACGCUAUUGCAGAGACAUCGAUGAGUGUGAGACAGCUGGAAUAUGCAUGAACGGGCGCUGUGUGAAUACUGAUGGCUCUUUCAGAUGUGAAUGCUUCCCUGGCCUUGCGGUAGGACUGGACGGACGCGUGUGUGUUGAUACACAUAUGCGAAGCACAUGCUAUGGUGGCUACAAGAGAGGACAAUGUGUGAGACCAUUAACUGGUGCAGUUACAAAAUCGGAGUGCUGUUGUGCCAGCACUGACUAUGCCUUUGGGGAGCCUUGUCAGCCCUGCCCAGCGCAAAAUUCAGCUGAAUAUCAGGCUCUGUGCAGCAGUGGAACUGGCAUGACUGCAGGAGGAAAUGGUAAGAUCCCUAAUGUAAUUCAAACUAUAGCAGUUCUGGCUAAAAGCGUUAACCUUGAUAUCUUUGAUUUGUUAGACAUACUG